ACCGUGAGGAGUUGGGAGACUACGCAUCAUUUGAAUGGCGCAGUGUAUACGGGGAGAUAUUUCAGGGUAACACAUACAAAUCAUGUCUGCGUAUCGGCAUUGCGGAACAAAGUCGCAUACAGCAGGUCCGCAAGAUAUAUCUUGCAAGGGAUAACAUCUCGGCUGAUCUGCAUCGAGAAGGAGGUUCAUAUUAUUUGGUUUUAUCUCAGAGGAUCUACCUCAGGGAAAGGAGAUGGUGCAUACGACAGCGACAAGCUUGUCUGGAACGGCGUUUAUUUUUUAUGGUUCAGUUGA